AUGCAGUUAAGCUUUGAAGAACUUAGUAAAAAACAGUUAUACCAGCAGCAAACUUUUAAGCUAGUGCAGGAUUACUACAUACAGCUGUAUGGUCAAGCUCCGAUCAAUGGGGUCAUGUCUAUGGAACUAAGAGCAAUCUAUGAAAAUUCAACAAAAGUGAAGAGAGGUGUGAAGAACUUAUACAGAUCAAUACGAGAAUAUUUCAUCACAUACUAUCCACUAAUUAUAAAUGAAACUGUGGCAUCCAUUAUAAAAGACACUAAAGACAUAAUGCCACAGAAUGUAGUAAUUGAGCCAAUUAUUUCAUUCAUCUAUGAGAAAAAAGAAGGCGCAAAUGCUAUAGGGAUUACAACAAAAUCACUAGUUACCUUAGGAAGCUCAAAAGAUAAGUCUGUAGAAGGAGAUUUUAUGCCAGGUGAUAUUGUAAUGGUUAUAAGGAAAGGACAGACCCAUGAUCUGUGCAAGAAUUACAUUGUCAGUGGAAUUAUUACGGGUAAGAAAAAGUUCAAGUACACACUCAUUACUAGCAACAGUAGCUGCAUGGCUCUCAGCAAAAAAAAUGUAGAAGGGGAAUAUGUACUUGUUUACGUAUCAAACAUAAUAAGCAGCAAAAGAGAGUACAUGGCACUUCUUAAGUUUAGUGACUCCCCAUUGGCAAAGCAACUGAUGAACCCAACCCCACCAGUAGAAACAGAAAAAAAGAAAGUACUCCAGGCAGUCAAAGAAUUCCACAUAGACGAGGGAUACAAAAGGUUAAAUGAAGCACAAAGAAAUGCAGUUAUUAUGUCCCUGAAUCAACCACUUACUUUAAUACAGGGUCCACCAGGAACAGGAAAAACCCAGACAAUUUCCUGCAUGAUUUCUCAAUUUAUUCAAAGAGGCAUGCAGGUUCUUGUGUGUGCACCAAGUAAUAUGGCUGUAUUUAAGCUUGUUGAAAACAGACAUAUGUGGGAGCACUUUUUCAAAAAUAAAAAGAAAUGGGUGCACAUUCAUAGCAAGAAACCUGAAAAAUCAGACGGUGAAGAAAGUGCUCGUAAAAGAAAAGAUGAAUCUAACAGAAAAAUCAGACCAAAAAAAAGAAUUAUCACAGGAAAUUUACUUGGAAUACAAAAAGACUUGAUAAUUGAUGAAACUGAUUACACUAAAUCAGCUGCACUCAUUGAUGAUGCCAUGGCAGGGGCUUCUCUUGUUUUCUGUACUCUUUCCAUGGCAGCCUCUACGGCAGUUAGCAAAAAAGAAUUUCAUGUUGUAAUUGUUGAUGAAGUGUGCCAGUCUAUAGAGCCAUCAAGCAUUAUUCCGUUGCAAAACUCUGUACGCCGGCUGGUUUUGGUUGGAGACCCGAAACAACUGCCCCCAACUAUUUUCUCCGAGUCAAAUGAUCUUUCUGUUUCUCUCUUUGAAAGACUGGCAGAAAACAUCACUCCACUGAUUCUGGACACUCAGUACAGAAUGCAUAGUGACAUAUCUUGCUUCCCAAAUAAGACAUUCUACGCAGGAAGACUAAUAGAUGGGGUCGUGCUUGAGUCAAAUGUUCCCAUGGCCCUAGUGGAUACAGGCGGAGAACAGAAAAGAAACAGAACAAGUUUGUAUAACCCACGUGAAAUAGAUUUUAUAGAAGACUUGCUUCCUUAUAUUAUGGAUAAGUACAAGUCAAUUGCAAUUAUCACACCAUAUAAAGAACAGUCCAUUAGACUAAGCGAAAAUAGGAGAAUCAUUAACAGACAGAUCACAGUCUCAACAGUCGAUGGAUUUCAGGGCCAGGAGAAGGAUUGCAUUAUUGUCUCAACUGUGCGUACUAAUGGAAUUGGGUUUUUAAAUGAUUAUAGGAGAAUGAAUGUAGCACUUACUAGGGCAAAGUACACAGUUAUAAUACUUGGGUGUGUUCGUCUUCUGGAAAAAGACAAAAUAUGGAAGCAAUUGGUUGCACACCUAAGGACAAACCUUCAGAUAUGCACUCGUCUAGAACUUUUCAGAAGACUCACAAAUAACUCAAAGAUGCAGGGUGAAGGGCAAAAGGCAGAAUUAAACGAACUUUUCAGAAGGAAGGCAAGUUCCCCAAAGAUACUGUCAAAAGAGCCAGAAGAAGAAUUAGAGAGUCCAAAGUCAGAAAGCGCAAAAACCAAUGGAAUUGAUACUGACAAUCUAGAAACUGACGAUGCUUUAGCUAUUAGCAUUGUUGGAACAGAGACUGUGUCUGAUGAAAUAAUUCUAGAGAAAAAAGAGCCCAUAAAUUCAAAUAUUUCAGAAGUAAUUUUUAGCACCGAAGGAACAACCUCUAGUACUGAUGCUAAUAAGGCUACUGACCCUAAUGCUGGGAUUUUAGAUGAUAAUUUGCGUAAAAUAAUAGAAAUGCACCUUUUCAAAAGAUAA